AUGGACAACGAGAGUUUAAUAAAGAUCUGUGUUUCCGAAUUUUCGGAAAAGGAAAUUGAAGAUGCCAAAACGCUGCUGUUUGAAUCAGUUCAAAAGGAGGCGCAUCGAAAAGUGUCAAGACGCAAAGGCGGCAAAACAACAAGAAAUGUUGAAGAUAUAAUUUGUUUCUUUAAAGAAGUGGAUCCUGAUUGCGUUCCGAUAUUUGUUGCCCGUGAUUUGCAGAAACUGCCACCGAUAUCGUUCGACCACAUCGAUGCUGUUUCUAUAUUGAAAGACAUUACAAAGUUGCGCAAUGAUAUGAAUAAUUUUAAAGAGAAAUACGCAACGCUAAGUCAAGUCCAAGAGUUGCAAAAUGACUUGGAAAGCGUCAAAUUGGCAUCUAGCUAUAAUUAUCAAAACGUCAACACUGGUAAAAGGGGGGCUUAUUUACUCGAAAGCGGUCCAAUUGGGCUUUUGCCAUCAAUAAAUAACUGUGAAGGUAGGCCGGUAUCAGCUGUUCAAAACAGUAACGGCUGCACUGAUGAUAACGCGCAUAGGAAGUCUUGCUCGCGCAUUAAUGCAGUGGCUGAGUCCGCGAGUCGCGCGCUCUCUGUCUCACCAAAGACGUCGGCGACGGGGAUAGCGAUACACUGUACAACUGCGCCAGCGCGUCAACAUGUUCCGUUACACACAACAGCUUCGUAUAAGAACGGAGAGCGUGAUUGCGCAACAAAGGAGCAAUGUAAAGUAAAAAAUCCCUUGCAAGUUAGUAUGGCGGAUAUGGAAUAA